CACUUAACCGACUGAGCCAUCCAGGCGCCCCUGCAAUAUUCUUUUAGAGACCAGUUUGUAUCAGCACUACAGUGAAUACUGAAGGGAUAUCGGGAGAACUUCAAACACAGGAGAUAGAGAAUCAAAAUUCACUUGGAAUGAAGAUAUUCAAUAGAUUCAAUUAUAAUAGGCACUAACAAGCUUGUUGUUUCCCCUCAUUUACUUGUAGAAGAGAAUUCCUUCAAGAAGAUCAGGAACAAACAGAUCCAGAUUCUACUCUGUGCUUCCACAUCCCCACUUCUGCCUGAGAGUGAGACACCCUAGGAUCCAAGAACGCAGAAACACCCAGCCAAACCCACCUCCACCAUGGGGGCCGUGGUGAUGCUGGCGGGUAUCUUCUUAGCUUUGCUCACCCUCACCACCGAGGGCGGGGUCCUCAAGAAAGUCAUCCGGCACAAGCGACAGAGUGGGGUGAACGUCACUCUGCCCGAGGAACACCAGCCGGUGGUGUUUAACCACGUCUACAACAUCAAGCUGCCUGUAGGUUCCCAGUGCUCGGUGGAUCUAGAAUCAGCUAACGGGGAGAAAGACCUGGCCCCGCCGCCAUUCGAGCCCAGCGAAAGCUUCCAGGAGCACACAGUAGACGGGGACAACCAGAUCGUCUUCACACACCGCAUCAACAUCCCCCGGCGGGCCUGUGGCUGUGCCGCGGCUCCUGAUGUCAAGGAGCUUCUGAGCAGACUGGAGGAGCUGGAGAAUACGGUGUCUUCCCUGCGGGAGCUGUGCACCGCCGGAGCCGGCUGCUGCCUCCAGCCAGCCGAAGGCCGCCUGGACACCAGGCCCUUCUGCAGUGGCCACGGGAACUUCAGCACCGAAGGAUGCGGCUGUGUUUGCGAGCCCGGCUGGAAAGGCCCCAACUGCUCUGAGCCUGAAUGUCCAGGCAACUGUCACCUGCGGGGCCAGUGCCUUGACGGGCAGUGCGUCUGCGAGGAGGGCUUCACGGGAGAGGACUGCAGCCAGCUGGCCUGUCCCAGUGACUGCAACGACCAGGGGAAGUGCGUCAGCGGCGUGUGUGUGUGCUUCGAAGGCUACACGGGGGCCGACUGCAGCCAGGAGGUGUGCCCGGUGCCGUGCAGCGAGGAGCACGGCCGGUGCGUGGACGGCCGGUGCGUGUGCCACGACGGCUUUGCGGGCGACGACUGCAACGAGCCGCUGUGCCUCAACAACUGCUACAACCGCGGCCGGUGCGUGGAGAACGAGUGCGUCUGCGACGAGGGCUUCACGGGCGAGGACUGCGGCGAGCUCAUCUGCCCCAACGACUGCUUCGACAGGGGCCGCUGUGUCAACGGCACCUGCUACUGUGAGCAGGGCUUCUCGGGCGAGGACUGCGGCCAGCUCAGCUGCCCCAACGCCUGCACCGGCCGGGGCCGCUGCGAGCAGGGCCAGUGCGUGUGCGAGCCGGGCUUCGCCGGGGCCGACUGCAGCGAGAAGAGGUGUCCCGCCGACUGUCACCACCGCGGCCGCUGCGUCGACGGGCGGUGUGAGUGUGAUGACGGCUACACGGGCGCCGACUGCGGCGAGCUCAGGUGUCCCAACGGCUGCAGCGGCCACGGCCGCUGCGUCAACGGGCAGUGCGUGUGCGACGAGGGCCACACGGGGGAGGACUGCGGCCAGCGGCGGUGCCCCAACGACUGUCACAGCCGGGGCCGCUGCGUGCAGGGCGAGUGUGUGUGUGAGCACGGCUUCCAGGGCUCCGACUGCAGUGAGAUGAGCUGUCCCAACGACUGCCACCGGCACGGCCGCUGCGUGAACGGCAUGUGCGUCUGUGACGACGGCUACACGGGCGAAGACUGCCGCGACCUGCGCUGCCCCAGGGACUGCAGCCACCGGGGCCGCUGCGUGGACGGACGGUGCGAGUGCGAGCACGGCUUCACGGGCCCCGACUGCGCGGAGCUCGCGUGCCCGGGCAACUGCCACGGCCAAGGCCGCUGCGUCAACGGGCAGUGCGUGUGCCACGAAGGCUUCAUGGGCACGGCCUGCAAGGAGCGGAGGUGUCCCGAAGACUGUCAUGGCCGGGGCCGCUGCGAGGACGGGCAGUGCGUGUGCCAGGAGGGCUUCGAGGGCCCGGACUGCGGGCAGCGCUCCUGCCCCAACGACUGCAGCGGCUGGGGGCAGUGCGUGGAGGGCCGCUGCAUCUGCAGCGACGGCCAUGCCGGGGAGGACUGCUCCGAGGUGCCCCCUCCCAAAGACCUGGUUGUGACAGAAGUGACAGAGGAGACCGUGAACCUGGCUUGGGACAAUGAGAUGCGGGUCACCGAGUACCUCGUCGUGUACACACCCACCCACGAGGAUGGCCUGGAAAUGCAGUUCCGAGUGCCCGGGGACCAGACGUCCACCACCAUUCGGGAGUUGGAGCCUGGCGUGGAGUACUUUAUCCGUGUGUUCGCCAUCCUGGAAAACAAGAAGAGCAUUCCCGUCAGCGCCAGGGUGGCCACUUACUUGCCUGCACCUGAAGGCCUAAAGUUCAAGUCCAUCAAGGAGACAUCUGUGGAGGUGGAGUGGGAUCCUCUGGACAUUGCUUUUGAGACAUGGGAGAUCAUCUUCCGGAAUAUGAAUAAAGAAGAUGAGGGAGAGAUCACCAAAAGCCUGAGGAGACCAGAGACCACAUACCAGCAAACUGGCCUUGCUCCUGGGCAAGAGUAUGAGAUCUCUCUGCACAUCGUGAAAAACAAUACCCGGGGCCCAGGCCUGAAGAGGGUAACCACUACCCGUUUGGAUGCCCCCAGCCAGAUCGAGGUGAAAGAUGUCACAGACACCACUGCUCUGAUCACUUGGUUCAAGCCCCUGGCCGAGAUUGACGGCAUCGAGCUCUCCUAUGGAAUCAAAGAUGUGCCGGGCGACCGCACCACCAUUGACCUCACACACGAUGAGAACCAAUAUUCCAUCGGGAAUCUGAAACCAGACACGGAGUAUGAGGUGUCCCUCAUCUCCCGCAGGGGUGACAUGUCCAGCAACCCUGCCAAAGAGACCUUCACAACAGGCCUGGAUGCUCCCAGGAAUCUCCGUCGCGUCUCCCAGACGGACAACAGCAUCACCCUGGAAUGGAGGAACGGCAAGGCAGCUGUUGACAGUUACAGAAUUAAGUAUGCACCCAUCUCUGGAGGUGACCAUGCCGAGGUCGAAGUGCCAAGGAGCCCGCAAACCACAACCAAAACCACGCUCACGGGUCUGAGGCCGGGAACUGAAUAUGGGAUUGGAGUGUCUGCUGUGAAGGGCGACAAGGAGAGCGACCCGGCCACCAUCAAUGUGGCCACAGACAUGGAUGCACCCAAGGACCUCCGGGUCUCUGAAACCACGGAGACCAACCUGACCCUGCUCUGGAGGAAGCCUUCGGCCAAGUUUGACCACUACCGCCUCAACUACAGCCUUCCCUCGGGGCAGCCUGUGCAGGUACAGCUUCCGAGAGACACCACAUCCCACGUCCUGAGAGGCCUGGUACCGGGGCAGGAGUACACCAUCCUCCUCACGGCGGAGAAGGGCAGGCACAAGAGCAAGCCCGCGCGGGUGAAGGCGUCCACAGACCAUGCCCCUGAACUGGAAAACCUUACCGUGACCGAGGUUGGCUGGAAUGGCCUCAGACUCAACUGGACCGCAGCUGACCAGGCCUAUGAGCACUUUGUCAUUCAGGUGCAGGAGGCCAGCAACAUGGAGGCAGCUCAGAACCUCACCGUGCCCGGCAGCCUGCGGGCUGUGGAUGUCCCGGGCCUCAAGGCUGCCACCCCUUAUAAAGUCACCAUCUACGGGGUGAUCGGGGGCUAUAGAACACCAGUGCUCUCUGCUGAGGCCUCCACAGGGGAAACUCCCCAUUUGGGAGAGAUCAUGGUGUCCGAGGUGGGCUGGGACGCCCUCAAACUCAGCUGGACUGCUCCAGAAGGAGCCUAUGAACAGUUUUUCGUUCAGGUGCAGGAGACGGACACAGUAGAGGCAGCCCAGAACUUCACAGUCCCAGGAGGACUGAGGUCCGUGGACCUGCCCGGGCUCAAAGCAACCACUCAUUACAGCAUCACCAUCCGUGGGGUCACGCAGGACUUCAGCACGACUCCUCUCUCUGUUGAAGUCUUGACAGAGGAGGUUCCAGAUCUGGGAAACCUCACAGUGACCGAGGUUCGCUGGGAUGGCCUCAGCCUGGACUGGACGGCCCCCGAGGGGACCUAUGAGCAGUUUGUCGUUGCCGUCCGGGAGGCUGGCCAGGCUGAGGAAGCUCACAGUCUCACGGUUCCUGGCAGCCUGCGCUCCGUGGAGGUCCCAGGCCUCCGGGCCAGUACCCCUUACACGGUCACCCUGCGUGGCAAGGUCAGGGGCCGCAGCACUCGACCCAUUGUUGUGGAGGCCAUCACAGAGGAGCUCCCCCAGGUGGGGGACAUAGCUGUGACCGAGGUUGGCUGGAAUGGCCUCAGACUCAACUGGACCACAACUGACCAGGCCUAUGAGCACUUUGUCAUUCAGGUGCAGGAGGCGAACUGGGUGGAGACAGCUCAGAACCUCACCGUGCCGGGCAGCCUGCGGGCUGUGGACGUCCCAGGCCUCAAGGCUGCCACCCCUUAUAGAGUCACCAUCUAUGGGGUGAUUGGGGGCUAUAGAACACCAGUGCUCUCUGCUGAGGCCUCCACAGCCACAGAACCUGAAAUUGGAAACCUAACUGUUUCUGACAUAACUGCUGAGAGCUUCAAUCUCUCCUGGACAGCCACCGAUGGGGCCUUCGAGACCUUUACCAUUGAAAUUGUUGAUUCCAAUAGGUUUUUUGAGACUAUGGAAUAUAAUAUCUCUGGUGCUGAACGAACUGCCCACAUCUCAGGGCUACACCCUAAUAAUCAUUUUAUUGUCUACCUCUCGGGACUCGCUCCCAGCCUCUGGACCAAAACCAUCAGUGCCACAGCCACCACAGAAGCCGAGCCAGAAGUUGACAACCUUCUGGUUUCAGAUGCCACCCCAGACGGUUUCCGUCUGUCCUGGACAGCUGAUGAAGGGGUCUUCGACAGUUUUGUUCUCAAAAUCAGAGAUACCAAAAAGCAGUCUGAGCCAAUGGAAAUAACCCUACUUGCCCCCGAACGAACCAGGGACAUAACUGGCCUCAAAGAGGCCACUGAGUACGAAAUUGAACUCUAUGGAAUAAGCAGUGGAAGGCGGUCCCAACCAGUCAGUGCUAUGGCAACAACAGCCAUGGGCUCUCCGAAGGAAAUCAGUUUCUCAGACAUCACUGAAAACUCAGCCACUGUCAGCUGGAUGGCACCCUCUGCCCAGGUGGAGAGCUUCCGGAUCACCUAUGUCCCUGUUGGAGGAGGGACACCCUCAGUGGUAACUGUGGACGGAACCAAGACUCAGACCAGGCUGAUGAAGCUCUUGCCCGGAGCGGAGUACCUCGUCAGCGUCAUCGCCAUGAAGGGCUUCGAGGAAAGCGAACCGAUCUCAGGAUCCUUCACCACAGCCCUGGAUGGCCCAUCUGGCCUGGUGACAGCCAACAUCACUGACUCGGAAGCCUUGGCCAUGUGGCAGCCAGCCAUUGCCCCGGUGGACAGUUACGUCAUCUCCUACACAGGGGAGAGAGUGCCAGAAAUUACACGCACGGUGUCCGGGAACACAGUGGAGUAUGGUCUGACUGACCUCGAGCCUGCCACAGAAUACGUGCUGAGGAUCUUUGCAGAGAAAGGGCCUCAGAAGAGCUCAGUCAUCACAACCAGGUUCACAACAGACCUUGAUUCUCCAAGAGACUUGACUGCUACUGACGUUCAGUCGGAAACUGCUCUCCUCACCUGGAGGCCCCCCAGAGCAUCUGUCACCGGUUACCUAUUGGUGUAUGAAUCCGUGGAUGGUACAGUCAAGGAAGUCAUUGUGGGCCCAGAAACCACCUCCUAUAGCCUGGCGGAACUGAGCCCAUCUACCCACUACACAGCCAAGAUCCAGGCAUUGAAUGGGCCCCUGAGGAGCAAGCUGGUCCAGACCAUCUUUACCACAAUUGGACUCCUGUACCCAUUCCCCAAGGACUGCUCCCAAGCAAUGCUGAAUGGAGACACGACCUCUGGCCUCUACACCAUUUAUCUGAAUGGCGAUAAGGCGCAGGCUCUGGAAGUCUUCUGUGACAUGACCUCUGAUGGGGGUGGAUGGAUUGUGUUCCUGAGACGCAAGAAUGGACGUGAGGAUUUCUAUCGCAACUGGAAGGCCUAUGCCGCUGGGUUUGGGGACCGCAGAGAAGAAUUCUGGCUUGGGCUGGACAAUCUACACAAAAUCACAGCCCAAGGGCAGUAUGAGCUCCGGGUGGACCUGCGCGACCACGGGAAGACCGCCUACGCCGUUUACGACAGGUUCAGCGUGGGAGAUUCCAAGACCCGCUACAAGCUGAAGGUGGAGGGGUACAGCGGGACCGCAGGUGACUCCAUGGCUUACCACAACGGCAGGUCCUUCUCCACCUACGACAAGGACACGGACUCAGCCAUCACCAACUGUGCCCUGUCCUACAAGGGGGCUUUCUGGUAUAAGAACUGUCACCGUGUCAACCUGAUGGGAAGAUAUGGGGACAACAACCACAGUCAGGGUGUUAACUGGUUCCACUGGAAGGGCCACGAAUAUUCAAUCCAGUUUGCUGAGAUGAAGUUGAGACCCAGCAACUUCCGAAACCUCGAAGGCAGGCGCAAACGGGCGUAAGUUCCAGGGACAACUGGGUGAGAGAGGAGUAGGGCCCAGAGAAAGAAGCAAACUUUACCAAAGUAUCAACACAAUCAGUCCAACCAUCAAACCACGCCCAGGUAUUUGGCAGGAGUUACAGUUGACCGUGGAUCACUGAGGCCAAUGGCGGAAGCACCCGCCUCACCUACUCUGCGAGUAUUUCCUUCGCACCAAAGACAACGAUCUCCACAGGUUUCUGUUUUGUUGUUUGAAUCAG